AGUCCCUCUAUCACUGAUCACAAAAAAUACCAAACUCUGAAUAAAUCUUCAACACUCUCUCAAGCUCGCUUUAAUUUAAUUCAUUCUUUUGUUUUUCUGCUGAGAAUUUGAGCAAUGGCCGGGAAGAAAGAUGCCCAUGUAGUUGAAAUCCCAGUAGACGGAGAGCAUCAAAACAAGGUUAAGCUUUACAGGUACUGGAAAGUGUGGAGGCAAUUGCAGAGAGAGAGGGGUGACAAUAGAGCUCUCACUAGGUGUAUUCAGGAACUGAGAAUGAAAGGGGCUAGUUUUGAUCUGUCAAAGGAGCCUCAAAGAGGGAAGAGAAUGAAGAGUUCAAGUGUUGAGAUCAAAUGGAAACCAUUCGCUUGGUGUUCCCAAAAUUUUAUCACCAUUUUCCUUGUUGGUUUCUCAGGUUUCAUCUUUCCUGCUAGCAAGUUCAUUCUCUGUGGAUUCUGAUUGCAAAAAUCAAAACGAUGCACAUUUUUGAGAGCAGAUUUUUACUAUACAUGAAUGUUGCAAGGUAAUAAGCCCUACUGUCCAUUCCUGACAGCAGAAUCUGAGAAUUCCUCCUUGUUAUCUGGAGGAAAGAGCCUCUGAAUCAGUCUCCUUUGGCCUCUUUAAAUGAAGGGGGAUGAAGCAAAUUGGUCCGAUUGUUGUUAUCAUCAGAAUUUAUUGAAAUCAAUAGCCCCCAAAGGUGGCAGAAGAUUGUGAAGAGUUCCAUGGCUGCACUCUCCAGGUGCAGCAAAAUUUUGUACUGAGAGGAUUGGUGCAUCGACAGAGAAAGAACAUAUACAGCCGAAUAUUCAUUGUAAUUUAAAGAGUUAUUCACAUAAAGAGGGAAAAAAAAAAAAAAGUUCUGUUUCUUUCAUUCAUCACAAACUCUGGCUCAUGUGGACAUGGACUGGUGAAAGUUUCCAUUCAAUAGAAUGGCAAAUUAUUAUUCUAUUUUUAUUUUUAAAUGGUAAGCUAAUAUUUUUUA